AUGAAGCGUGGCCGGGAGGGCAGAGGUUCGGGUUCGGGGCCUCCAGCGAAACGCGGCAGAGGGCCGCCCGUGGCGGGACGCUUCGCCUUCAAGGUCCUUUGCCCAGAUCGGCUCGUGGCAGCGGUUUUGGGAUCCAGUGGGCAGACCGUCGCCAAGAUCCAAGAGCAUUCAGGUUGCCACUGCAACUUCUCGCGGCGAAAUGAGUUCUUCCCAGACACCAAUCUGCGCCUGCUGGUCAUCUCAGGUCCCGGCCCGGCAGAAAUCCUCACUUGCUUGGAGCUGCUGCUUGACCAGGUGAUAAGCUGUGCCGACGAAGAAGCAAAGGAAAUGGAGGCAAGUGGCACCUAUGGAUCAGAGGAUGGCGAGUUCCUCGAUACGACCGGAGAUUUGCGGCUCUGCGUGGCUCUCACCCCGUUCGCGGCAGAAGGAGGCCACGAUGGCGCUGUCUCAAGGCUACAGGAGGAGAGCGGCGUUCGGCUUUAUGUGGACGACAUGAUCCACGAGAACCAUCAGCUUGCGGUGCUGGCUGGCACCCGAGAGCAACUCCUGGGAGGCCUUGAGCGCUUCAACGCGCUGGUGCAGGAACAGGUCGACGACGAAGAAUUUGUCGCCUGGGCCGACAUUAAAUUCUUCAAGCCUGUGCCAGAUCCAGGCUCUGCCACCGAGGGAGCUGGCAAUCAGAAAGUUCUCUUCGUGGGCGGCUUAUCCCAGCAGACGGAUCCCACCAGCCUGGAGCGCUACUUCUCGAGGUUCGGCGAAGUCAUGGAGGCCGACGUGAAGAUGGACACGCACACAAAGCGUUCCAAAGGGUUUGGCUUCGUGGCGUUUGCAAACGAGGCGUUGGCUGAAGCUUGCCUGGCGGAUCCGAAGGGCCAUGUCCUUGACGGCAAGCGCAUUGACGUCAAGCGAUAUGGAAGCACGGAGUCUGGAGCAGGUCAACCGCAAAGCGAUCGACGAGCAGAGGGUGUCCCACAGAGAGGCACGCAACCGUCACAGGCACAAAGGGCGCCGCCAGAUGGCAGCAACCCCCGCGGUGAGAGACUUGGCCACAAAGGUCGAGGUGCUAAGGGUGAGUCUGGUCGGAUCCGAGCUUCUGGCGAUGAUCGUGCCUACUUCUCGGGUGCUCCGAGUCAAGUGGAGGCUUCAAGAAGUGCGGUCCUGGCAGACAUUAAGUGGUUCAGCGGUUUGGCCGAAUCUGUUCCAGCAGAGUACCUGAAUGAAGAGUACUGCAUUUCGUGCAGCUUGCCAAGUGCACGAUGUGGAGCUCUGAUUGGUCGUCGGGGCGAGAAUAUCAACGAGGUGGAAAGAAAGACUGGAGCAAGCGUGCAGCUGGCCAAGAAAAACCAGGCCGACUAUCGAGAGUUGACGGUGACAGGAAGCCUGAUUUCAGUGUAUGCGGCGCACUUGCUGCUGAUGCGGGAUUACAAUGAAGCAACGCGGGCAUCAGAAGCACGCAUGGAGCCGUCUGCCGCGGAGCAGAAGGUGCAGGCACUGGAACGGGAGCUUGCGAGCCUGAAGCAGCAGAUCCCAGGUCGCGCCAUCGCAAAUCGUUCCCACCGCUGA